CAAUUUAAUAAUACACCUCUCCACGAUCUGGCAGCCCCGUUGAGCAUAUGUUUUUGAUGAAAACACAAGAAAAGGAGGGAAAAACUGGAAUUGCUUGUAACUUGUUUGUUUUGCUGUUAAAACCCAAACCAAACCCAAGAUGGGUGGCGGAGAUCUAAAUCUGAAGAAAUCAUGGCAUCCGCACACGAUGAAAAAUCAAGAGCGCGUUUGGAAAGCGGAGGAGCAAGCGAAGAUGGAGGAGCGCAAGUUGCAGGAUUUGCGCAAGGAGAUCAACGAGGAGCGGGACAGGGAGGAGCUGAGACGAUUGGGCGAAAGUUCCGGAGUGCUGAGCAAUAAUGGCGGAGCCGCCGGCGAAGCCAAGCUGGAGUGGAUGUACAAAAAUAGCACUGAGCUGAUCAACCGUGAGGAGUACCUCUUGGGCCGCAAGAUCGACAAGUCCUUUGAGACCCUGCAAGCAGAGGAGAGCCGUCAGGAACAGAACACGGUGGGUCUCAAGCAGUCCAUCAACCAUGUGGAGCACGAUUGUGUGCCCUUCUCUAUCCGGACGUACCGCAAUCUGCAGUCCAACGAACAGGUGGACAUACAGCGCAAGACGCUUGAGGAUCCCCUAAUGCUCAUCAAGCAGCGAGAGAUGGAAUCCCGCCGAAAACUACUUGAGAAUCCCGUCAAGCUGAAGGAAAUCCAUCGCAUCCUCAAGACUGAACAGGAACAAAAGGCCGCCAAGGAGAAGAAGGUCAAGAAGAGCAAAAAGUCCAAGAAAUCCAAAAAGAAGAAAAAGAACCGACGAUCCAGCGAUGAUGAAAGUGAUGACAGUGAGAGCAAUGAUAGCGACGAUGACUUGGACAGAAAAUUAGCCCGCCAAGUAAGCAAACUAAAGGGUGACCAGGGUGACCUUAAACUGGACAAGCUGCUGGACGCCCAGUACCGCACCAUUUCAAAGCAAUUAGACAUGGCUACCAAGAAAAAGAGCAAGAAAUCCAAGAAGAAAAGCAGCGAUACGAGUGACGCCAGUAGUGACGAAGAGGUAAAGCCGAAAAGGCAAAGAUCUAGGGAACCAGAGCCCAGGAGAAAGAACAAGAGGAGCCACAGCUCUGAAGACAGAACUCAUCGGGAAAGACGCAGGAGCAGAAGUCCCCGGGACAGAAAAAGGCGACAGAGCAGAAGCCCGGAACAAAAGCAGAGGCAACAACGUCCAGACGAGAGAAAGGAACGCCGUAAGAGCAGAAGCCCCCGGGAUAGAAAGAAACUACAAAGCAGUAGCCCGGAACAAAGGCAGAGACAUAGGAGUCCCGACGAGAGAAAAGAAAGGCGUAGGAGCAAAAGCCCCCGGGAUAGGAAAAGACGACAGAGCAGUAGCCCGGAACAACGGCAGAGGCAAAGGAGUCCAAACGAGCGAAAGGAACGCCGUAGGAGCAGAAGUCCCUUAGAGAGAAGGGGGAGAAGAACCAGGAGCCCAGAGGACAAAACAGCCAGACGCCAUCGCCCAGAAGAUAGCAAGGAUAGUUUAAAGCAGCGCGAAAAACGCAGGAGUAGGUCACCUGAAGAGCGUUCCAGGUCAAGACGCAGCAGGAGCCGAAGUUCGAAAAGAGAUGACAAACAAAAGAUUGCUGAAAGGCCGCCCCAACGAAGGGAAAGCAGUCCUUCUGCCAGCCGUCCCAGCGGCAAGCCCAAGUUAAGCGCAGCCGACCGAGAAGCUCGUCUGCGCGAGAUGAUGGAUAACGCCACUUGGAGGGAAGCGGAUCGCACCCAAGUGGUGCGCAAGCACCGAGAGGCCUACGCCCGCGAGGAGGCCCAAAACCGUGAACGAGACUUCGACAAGGAGUUCAUUAAUAAGGAGGUUAAGAAGGCCAUUUCCAAUCACAACUCCAUAGGCGAUCGCAUCCGGGCCAAUCUCAACAACAUACAGCGCACCGCCUCCUCAAUGGACACCAACUUUGCCCGCAAAUAAACUAGGAUUCCUUUAUUUCGUAUGCAUUAUAUGGUUCCGCAACAAAUAGAUUCAACACUUUUAAA